UUAACUUUUCACUCAAACUUUARAUUAAAGAAGUUGCUGCUCAAAGAAGGGAAGACUUACGAAAUAAUUACARAGAUAUGAUGCAGUACCACCAACCUGAAGAGUUGAUAUUUAUCGACGAAACAGGAAUCGAGAGAUGCUUAGCUAGAAAGUACGGCUAUUCGCAAAAAGUGGAAAGAGCCGAGGUGAAAAGGACGAAGAAGAGCAACAAGCGCACGAACGUAGUAUCUGCGAUAGCGUGCGAUGCGUAUCUGAGUGUAGAAGUGCUCGAGCCUGGACAAAAAUUUGAUCGGGAAGUUUUUUCGAACUUUUUAAGAAAUAAAGUUGUGCCUUUUUUGAAUCCAUACAAYGGAAGAAACUCUCGUUCUGUUGUAGUUUUAGAUAACCAUGCUGUACACCAUGUCGUUGAAGUUCAAGAAAUCAUACAUGGAACUGGUGCACUGCUAAGAUUCCUCCCUCCUUAUAGUCCAGAUCUUAAUCCUAUAGAGGGUAGUUACAACCAGGCCAAACAUUUUAUUCGUGAAAACGACACAGCUUUUCGCUGCUGCUUUUCAAGUCCGUCCAUUCAUAUUGUCUGCUUUCGGACAAAUAACUGCUGA